UCCGAAACAAAAUGGCCGCCCUCAUGCUGUCUCGACACUCACCAUGGCGUGUUUCCUAUGUAGCGACCAGGUGUCUCUCCUCUGCCCCACUUCCUGCUCAAAAGCUGGAUGGAUCUACUGAUACUGGAGAUAUAAAACGGCCAUCACAAAGCCUCCUGGUUGAUCCACUGAAGCAUCCAGACUACUUCUGUAUGAACGAGUUGCUCUCCAUAGAGGACAUGUUCAAGGCAAGAGUGCAUCUGGGCCACAAGAAGAAAGUCCGAAACCGCUUCAUGACAAACUACAUCUAUGGCACGAGGUUGGGAAUGGACGUCAUUGAUCUGAAUGCUACCAAACCAUUGCUGCGACGUGCUUUAAAUUUUACUGCACAUGUCGCGUACCGGGGUGGCAUUAUCAUGUUCAUGACGCGCAGGGCCGAGUUCAUUGCUUCUGUGGAAAAGGCAGCCCUUGAUGUGAAAGAGUAUGCCCACUGUCGAUACUGGAGAGGUGGAACUUUAACAAACAGGACUCGUUUCGACUACAGGCUGCCAGACCUUGUUAUAUUUUUACAAACACAGAACUUUGCAGCUUCUCCACACAGGGCCAUCAUUGAGUGCUCCAAGUUUAUGAUACCCACCUCAGGGGUAGUGGAUACGAAUUGUGACCCAAGGUUAAUCAGUUUUCCUGUCCCAGCCAAUGAUGACACGCCCUCCUCAGUGCAUUAUUUGCUAUCAUUGUAUAAGAUUGCAAUCUGGCGUGGUAAGCAGGCCAGAAAACUGGCACUGGACCAAAUGGAAGAGAGAGAGAAAACCAAAAAGGUGGAGGAGGUUCAGACUUCAGAGAAAUUAGAGAAAACUGCAACAAAGUCUGUAGGUGGUUCUGGUAAUGUCCCUGACAAACCUCAGAAGAAGAAGCCUACAUUUAUCCAAAAAAAGGGAUCUAAAUAAUAGUAUCUAGUUGUAGCCAACUUUCAGUCCACAGAAUAUGUGGUGUUUUCAUUGAUUAUUUUUUAUAUACUUUCCAUAACAGUUUUACAUUUAAAGAUAUUUCAAGAUUAAAAUCUUCAAGGACGUUUUAUCCUUUGUGAACGUCAAGGUAUUUCCUUGUGGCUGUUGAAUAAGAUAUAAUGGUAAAAUUCUAAAAAUAAAAUAAAAUAAGUAGCUUUAAUAGAAUUCUUUGGUGUGAGCAGGUGGGAGGAGCACAAAAACACAGAAAUGGUCAAAAUACACAACUUUUGCAAACUGACAAUGGCAGAAAAUACUGCUGUUUGCUACAUAUAUUGAAGUGUAAUUAAAUGUUAUGUCCAGCAAUGUGGUGAUCA